AUGAUAUUAUUGAAGAGAGAGCAAAAAGAUGUGGAAAAGAAGAUUAUUCUGAUAGAAGGAGACACGAGUCAAUUGAAUAUAGGAUUGUCAGAGAGCGACCGCGAACGCAUUAAAGAUACCGAUAUAAUUUUUCACAGUGCAGCAUCCGUACGUUUUUUGGACAAUAUUCGUUGUAUAAUUAACACAAAUGUCAGAGGAACAAGGGAUCUUCUCUUGCUUGCACAGGAGAUGACAAGCUUAAAGGCCUUUGUUUAUGUUUCAACGGCUUAUUCGCACUGUGUAUACAAUAAAAUCGAAGAAAAAUUCUAUAAGCCACCUAUGAAGACAGAAGACAUAAUUAGAUUGACAGAGAUUUUGACUGAAGAUCAAUUAGAUUUAAUUACCUCAAAACUACUGGGUAAGUGGCCAAACACUUACGCAUUUUCAAAGGCAAUUUGUGAAGAUACUGUACGGCAAUAUUAUAAUGCUGUUUCCUCCGUUCAAAGACCAGUUACUUGGAAUAUUAUGGAAAAUUAUGUAAAAAUUAACGCAUUUGAAGUCCCGACGAAAAAAGUGUUCUGGUACGGCUCCAUAUGGUUUAACUCAAAUUAUUAUUUCCAUAUUUUUUUGACAAUUUUUUUGCACUGGAUACCAGCAAUUAUAGCGGACUUCUUAUUAUAUCUGAGCGGAAGAAAGCCAAUAGAAUGGGAAUUUACAAACGAUAAUGUCUUGAAGUUAUGGGACAAGCUAUCUGUAGUCGAUAAAAGUCAUUUCUUCUUUAAUGUUGCUGAUAUUGAUUGGGAGUGUUUUACUAAUAAUUUCGUAAGGGGAAUACGAGUAUUUGUAUAUAAAGACCCGAUGGAUACGCUUGAAGAAUCAAAACCUUUUUAUAGAAGGUUGAUAAUAGCUCAUUAUACAUUGAAGUGGUUUUUUUAUGUUUUGAUUCUUUGGUUUUUAUAUUCUUUAUUAUAUUCUCUUUUUAUUUACAUAUUUUAUUUCUGACAAUCUAUGAAAAACGACAAUAAAACGAUCUUUUCAUAAUGAUCAUCAGAUAG